AUGGCCAUUCCAGAAUUAGUCGAUUGUGUGCAGUUGGGCACGAUGCGGCAAGUUAUGCAAUGUGGCAAAACGAACCCACCAUCAAGGUCAUUGCUAUUAGAUCAAAUGGCUUGGUUAAUUAUUAGAGUGGCUAUUCGAGGACCUAUUCCAAAUGGACCUGUACAUGCACGUCCAUUAGUGGCAUUACUAGAUGGCAGAGAUUGUUCAAUUGAAAUGCCAAUUUUAAAAGAUGUGGCUACAGUGGCAUUCUGUGAUGCACAAUCCACAACAGAAAUUCAUGAAAAGGUAUUAAAUGAAGCUGUAGGGGCAUUAAUGUGGCAUACUAUUACCUUAACCAAAGAAGAUCUAGAUAAAUUUAAAAGUUUACGUGUUAUUGUAAGAAUUGGUAGUGGCUAUGAUAAUGUAGAUAUAAAAGCCGCUGCUGAAUUAGGUAUUGCUGUCUGUAAUGUACCCGGUUAUGGAGUUGAAGAGGUAGCAGAUUCCACAAUGUGUCUUAUACUUAAUUUAUAUCGUCGCACAUAUUGGUUGGCAAAUAUGGUACGAGAAGGGAAAAAAAUAAAUGGUCCAGAAAAUUUACGAGAAGCGGCUCAAGGCUGUGCUAGAAUUCGAGGUGACACAUUAGGUAUUGUAGGAUUAGGGCGAGUUGGAACUGCAGUAGCAAUAAGAGCUAAAGUAUUUGGGUUUAAUGUUAUAUUUUAUGAUCCCUACCUCGCUGAUGGUGUUGAAAAAUCUCUAGGUAUUACAAGAGUGUAUACGUUACAAGAGUUGUUAUUUCAAAGUGAUUGUGUAUCAUUACAUUGUAAACUAAAUGAACAUAACCAUCGACUUAUUAAUGAUUAUACCAUUAAACAGAUGAGACCAGGUGCAUUUUUAAUUAAUACAGCUCGUGGUGGUCUAGUUGAUGAAAUGGCUUUAGCUUCAGCAUUAAAAGAUGGUCGAAUUAGAGCAUGUGCUAUUGAUGUGUUAGAAAAUGAACCUUUCAAUCUUGCAUCAAGUCCAUUAAAAGACUGUCCAAACAUGAUUUGUACACCUCAUUCAGCGUUUUAUAGUGAUCAAAGUGUGACUGAGCUACGUGAAAUGGCAGCAGCUGAAAUCAGAAGAGCUAUAUUAGGCCGGAUUCCUGAAAGUUUGAGAAAUUGUGUGAAUAAAGAAUACUUUACAGCUGCCGGUGGAGUUCGAUUCCCAGCUAAUUUCCCACAACCACCAUUUCAAGCUGAUAUGAAUGGUGCUGGCUUCGCCGCCUUUAAUCCUGCAGCAUCGGCUGUAGCUGCUUCAAUCGGAGUUCAUUCUACUACAGUUGAACCUCAUCCUGUUGUACCUCAUAGUACACCACACACUACAACUCAUAGUACAUUAGCUGAAUCAGGCAAUCAUUUACCAGAGAGUAAGGAAGUUCAUUAG